AUGGGUCCGCCUUCUCUCGGGCCGACUGCACCGUUUGCCGAAGACUGUCUUCCACCGGAACUUGACUACGACUCUCGCGAUGACCUCCUCAUUUCGAUCAACGCUUGGGCUGCGACGCGGGGCUAUGCCUUCACAACGGAAAGUCCACCAGAGCCAAGGAACUGCGAUUCUCUUGCCACACAACAAGACAUUUACAAUGGAAUUGCAGCUACCAAGAGAGAUGUAUGCGAAGGGCAAAGUUCAAUUCACGCUUUGGCCAGUCAGCUCGACCAGGAGGGGUUUUGGAGUCGGAUCCAAUUCGGCCAAGACGGCCGAGUGACCGCAGUUCUGUUCGCUCAUCCAGAGUCCUUGACGUAUCUCCAGGCAUACCCAGAUGUCUUGUUGCUAGAUUGCACGUACAAGACGAACAAACACGGCAUGCCGCUCCUCGACAUGAUAGGAGUAGAUGCUUGUCAGCGAUCAUUUUGCAUAGCAUUUGCAUUCCUUGGUGGGGAGACCGAAGCUGACUUCGUGUGGGCGUUGGAUCGCCUGAGGUCACUGUACGAACACCAUAGCGCCCGCUUACCCUCUGUCGUCCUAACAGACCGCUGCAUCGCCUGUAUGAACGCCGUUGCCAUUUCCUUUCCCACUUCUUGCUCACUACUCUGUCUGUGGCAUGCCAACAAGGCCGUCCUCCGCUAUUGCCGGCCAGCCUUCGUCCGCCAGGACCAACCGGAGUCCACAAACGCAGAGACAAUUGAUACGUCAGAGAGCAACGGCUGGUCUGAGUUCUACCAAUUCUGGCACUCGAUCAUGGCUGCACCAAACGAAGAAGCAUUCAAGGACCGAGCUACGCAAUUCGAGAAGAAGUACCUACCCAACCACCUCAAACAAGUUGGAUACAUCAAAACUUUCUGGCUUGAAGGGUAUAAGGAAAAGCUUGUUAAGGCUUGGGUUGAUCAACAUGCUCAUUUUGGAAAUACAGUCACGUCGCGCGUGGAGGGCAUACAUGCAUUGUUGAAGGCCCAUCUCAAAAAGUCCACGCUAAAUCUUUUCGAGGCUUGGAGGGCGAUGAAGCACGCGUUACUCAAUCAACUGUCAGACUUGAGAUCGAAUCAAGCCCGACAGCAGAUUCGGGUCCCAAUUGAGCUCUCUGGGCCCUUAUACGCUUCAGUGCGCGGUUGGGUCUCCCAUGAAGCGCUGAGAAAGGUGGAGGAGCAGCGGAAGAUGCUUGCUCCAGACCAUCCUCCUGCCCAGUCGGGUCAGUCCUUUCACGCCGAAAUAGGUUCAGUUGCCACGACCUUUCCCGGUGACCAAGAUUCCGGGCCCGUACCGGGUCCGCCCCGCGAUGCCACUGAGCUGCUGGUAUCGCCACCACCUAUCUCACCUGACUUGCCAGCCCCACCGCCGCCGAAAUAUGAUUCACCAGAAGCUAUACACAAAAGUUAUACCGCUGCAAGAAGCGCAUGGUAUGCAGCGCAGCCGGCCGGCAGCAUCAAGACAAACCAACAAUACCGCAAGGCAAUGAGGCUUCCAGCUAGGCAUUGCGCCACUACAACGGGGUUGAGAGCAUGGACGAAAGAAGAAAUGAUGGCAUACCUUGACUGGAGCCAUGCAGAAGAUCAGCGUGUUGAAGCCCAGAUCAUGAAGGAGAUGGGAGACAAUCCGUUAGCCAACACACGGAGGGCGUGGCCGACAUUUGGCGACAGGUAG